UUGUGGCUGGCAGCGGACAGCAGGGUGUUGAUGUUUGACGUUAAAAAGUGAAAAUGUAUUGGUGAAGAAUUCAUUUUUUGAGAAUCCUGUGGGGUAGUUUCACUUCUAAGUGUGUCCUGAAAAGCAUUCUACAUCAGUUCAGUCUUGAUGUUUCCCUUAUGACAGGGUGCUAUCCCUGAGUACCGUUAGUUUGGUUCCUCAACCUCAAAAUGGCGUCGGCAGAACAACUUGGAUUAAACAAAACAUGGGAAUUGUCACUUUACGAGCUACACAGAACUCCUCAAGAGGCAAUUACGGACAAUACGGAGAUCGCUGUGUCCCCCAGAAGCCUGCACAGCGAACUGAUGUGUCCUAUAUGUUUGGACAUGUUAAAGAAGACAAUGACAACCAAGGAAUGUUUACACAGGUUCUGUUCAGACUGUAUUGUGACUGCUCUCCGGUCAGGAAACAAGGAAUGUCCUACUUGUCGAAAAAAGUUAGUGUCAAAGAGAUCUUUGAGACCUGAUCCCAACUUCGAUCUUUUAAUAUCCAAACUGUAUCCGUGUCGGGAUGAAUACGAAGCUCAUCAAGAAAGAGUGUUGGAAAAGUUGCAGAAGAGUUCCAGUCAAGCAGCGUUUCUUAACUCCAUCACUGAAGGAAUUAAACUUCAGUCUCAACACCGUCAGCAGAGGAGUAACAAGAAGCUGCUUAGUGAAAAUGAUGCAACGGUCAAUACUCCUAAUCCAAGUGCUCCUACGACUCCAACGCCAGCUCAAAGUGGGUCCGAUUCCCAACCACCAUUUCAAACUCCUCAGUCGCAGGCACAGUCUCAUUCGCAGAUUCAAUUACAACCCCAGUCCCAGUCCCAAUCUCAGGCGCAGUCACAUUCCCAUGCCCAUUCCCAGUCCCAAUCCCAAGGCCAGUCACAACCACAGCCACAGCCGCAGACCCCAUUGCUACCUCAGAGUUCUGUUCAGGCACCAAGCCCUCAUCCUCCUUCUCCAACUCCAGGGGGUUCCCAGUCAUCAUCCUCAGGACACAUGAAGCCUAUUAAGCGCCCAAAGAUAGCGAUUACCUCUGAAAAUGACUCUGCAAGUUCAAGUAUGGAGGCGUCAGGUGGCCAUGACACCGCAACAGAAGGAGAAGGAGCUGAAACAUUUGGUGAGGUUGAACUUGUUUUCAAACCUCAUCCAGUUGAAAUGUCUGAUAGUCCAGUUAUGAAACUCAUGAAAGAAGAGGAUACCAUCAGAUUUCUUAAAACAACAGCUAAUGCCACAGUUGAUCAUCUUAUCAAAUACCUGGCUGUUCGAUUAGCUCUUGAGCCUGAGCCAGGAUCCCCUGACCAGCUUACCUUCUGUAUAUAUGUAUCGCCAAAUCCUGGGGCCCCAGGACAGUAUGUAAUGCUUGGUGGUGGAUCAACUUUGUAUCAAAUUGUUGAGAAGUUUUGGAGAGUAAAUAAGCCAAUUGAAAUGUAUUACACAUGGAAGGGAAAUAAGCUACCAGGUUCAUCAACAGAAUAACAGGAGGUGUACAAAUAGAUUUUCAAGUUCUUCUUUGAAUGUUGACUUUUCUCUUAAAAAAAUUAAUAAAAAAAACAAGAAGAAAGGAUUGAAAAAGUACUACGGAAGAGCUGGUUCUACAAAUUCUUCCUAUCAUAUUUUGUACCUUAACACUGCUCUGAAAUGAUAUGUAGUUAAUUUAUUUUAAUUUUCUCUGUAAAUUAACAAAGCAUAGUGAAAUAUGCUUUUUGUCAGUUAUGUGAUACUUGAGUUUUUAAGAAAUUGUUCUCUAUGAAUAUCUUUUAGUUUCUAUGGACAAGGGACAAGUGCAAAUCUGCACCGCCUCGGCCAAAUUUUCCUGAAGAGAUUGAAGAGAAAACUUGAUUUGAGACAUUUUCUUUACCUAUGCAAUUUAUUUGAAAUCUAGAACAAGUAUGUACUAUGUGGUAUGUCCAUAAACUUAGCAGCUGUUUCAGUGAAGGUUUCAAAAAUCUAACAAUGAUAUUCUCCAGGUCCCUGUGAAGUCAAAAACUACUCCCUAUGAUGAAAUUAAUGUAUAAGUGGUUAAGGUAAUAUAAUUAAAUGUUAUCUCAACAAAUGGA